AUGGCCAGCUUCACCAUCUACGAAGUCCGCUUCGGCGUCGGCAACUGUCUCCACUACGGCGUCUUCGUGCAGACCGGCACCGACGGCGCCGGCAUGCUGAUGGACGUGCGUGGCUCGGUCAACGCCGGCGGCAAACUGGUCUUCAACUCGCGGGGCGAGAUGCUGAAGAAUAUCUGCCGGGGGGUUGAUCCGCCGGACACGCAGUACGGGUCGACGCCUUUGUCCGGGGGGUCGAGUCCUAUUUGUCGGUGUAGUGAGUGGAAUGAUAGGGUUUGGAGUGCGAUUUAUGCGUCUGGGAUUGUGAAGGGGCAGUUUGAGGAGGGAAGUCAAUCAUAG